UCUCCUGACUGACAGACAACAACAGUCUGAACAAACCAAAACUCAGUGGCUGUCGGGCUGUACGGAAGAGCAGACGACGACGGAGAACUGUGAUUCACCUCCUUUGAGGAUCUGUUCUCAGGAAGAGGGAGGACUUUGGAUCAGGGGAUCGCCAUGAAGAGCCUGGAUGUGUUCUUGUUGGCAGGCUGCUUAUGCAGCCUGAGCGCAUUGGGAGUCUUGUCUGUGUCACACAGGCGCUGACGACGUGGAGAAGGCGCUGAUGGUGAAAAUCUUUUCUGGCUACAACCUGAAGGUCCGGCCGGCACGCGUCCCAGAAGAGAGGGUGGUGGUCCGCGUGGGGAUGAUCCUCUCCUCCUUCGUGGGACUGAAUAUGAAAAAUGAAGAAAUGAGCACAGUUGUCGUCAUGAAUCUGGAAUGGACGGAUCAUCGGUUGACAUGGAAGCCGAAGGAGAACAACGGGAUCGAGGUGUUGCGUGUCCCCGCCGCGAAGGUGUGGCUUCCAGACAUUGUCCUCAUUAAUAAUAAUGAUGGGGUGUUUGACGUGGCCCUGCGCGUCCACGUCCAGGUCUACAGUAAUGGCAGGGUAACCUGGAUGCCCCCUGCGCUUUACUGCAGCUCAUGUGGAGUUCAGGUGGAAUAUUUUCCAUUCGACUGGCAAAACUGCAGCAUGCGGUUUCGCUCCUACACCUACGACUUGACAGAGAUUGACCUGCAGUACGCGCUGGACUCAAGAGGCAAUGAGAUCCGGGAGAUCCAGCUAGACGAUGGCUUUAGUGAAAGUGGGGAGUGGUACGUCAGACACAGGCCGUGCAAGAAGAACAUGAACGAUGACCUCUACGAGGAAAUGACCUUCUACCUGAUCAUUGAGCGGAAGCCUCUGUACUAUAUCAUCAACAUCAUCAUCCCCUGCAUCCUCAUCACUAUCAUCGCCAUCUUUAAUUUCUACCUGCCUCCCGACGCAGGUGAGAAGAUGGGACUGUCCAUCAAUGUGCUGCUCACACUCACUGUGUUUCUGCUGCUGCUGGCGGAUAAAAUCCCAGAGACCUCGCUGGGCGUCCCAAUCAUCGUGAACUACAUCAUGUUCACUAUGAUCCUGGUGACCUUCUCUGUCAUCUUGAGCGUAGUCGUCCUCAACCUUCACCAUCGCUCCUCAAACACCCACAAGAUGCCCAUGUGGAUCCGAAAGAUCUUCAUCCACAUCCUGCCUCCUUACCUGUGUAUGCUGCGGCCCAAAGUGGAGAUCCCGCUGUCCCUCAAGUUCAAUCCCCGUCGCGAGAAAGCCAUAAUCAGCAUCAGCAAAGUCUGCGACGAAUACUUCAUCCGAAAGCCUGACUCCUCCAUCUUGUUCCCCAAUCCUAACAGGUACCAGCCAGAGGGCAUGAUCACAGAUCUGAAAAAAUUCAUUGACGGUCCAAGUAGUUAUCUGACGCUACCCGACGAGCUCAAGUCAGCCAUGGAGGCCAUCUCAUACAUCGCAGAGAAUCUGCAGGGCGAGAAGGACUACGAAGCUCUGAAGGAGGACUGGCAGUACGUGGCCAUGGUGGUGGACCGAAUGUUCCUCUGGAUCUUUGUCAUCUUCACAACUGUGGGCACCUUGGCCAUCUUUGCUGACGCUAGUUUAAACUUCACCCCCACUGAGCCCUUCAAAUAGAGCUACCUUCUUAAACUAAAAUGGGGAAGUUGUGAAACUAAGACUAAAUGACUGUCCUGCCAACACUACUCUGUCGAAUUUUAGUUACUAAUGUAACAAUUCAGCUGUAUUUUGUAAAUGUUAUAUUGUAUGUACUCCAUUUAACUCAUUUAUAUGAACUUGGUCGCUGCCUCGCUGCUGCAACACCAGUAAUAAAUAAAAACCUCAUUCA